AUGGGCCUCACCGACAUGCUCUCUUCGGCCGUUCGUGGUCACACCGGGCUGCACUACAUGCCAUCCUUUAACGACUUCGUCUCCGGGGCGGCCGACGAUGUCGAGGCCAUGGAGCUGCAGCACGACCAGCAGACCCGCAUGACACCGCUUACCAGUGACGCCCCGAAGCCUGUUAGCAACAAAACGGACGACCUGCCUGCUAUGACUUCGACCAUAGGUGACAUCCACAAGGCUGAGGCCAUGGUAAUGUCAAUAUAUUCCUGGGGAUGGUGUGGCGGAAAUGGCGAGAGAUGUAUUAUUGGUACCGAGGCUGCCCAUGCGGCGAGCAUGUGA